UUUUCUUCUUCUUCUUCAUCAAUUUGUUUUUCCUUUCUUCCAUGGCUUCCUAAGCUUUCCUCUCUCUCUCUCUUCACCUGCAAUUUUCCUUUGAUUUUUUCUCUCCCUUUAUUAAUUCUAGUUUCUCUUAAUCUCCUUCUCUUUGUAAAAGAAACGACAUUGGUGAAUCUUCCUGUAAUCUCAAUCAUCAGAUCGUAAUAUAAUUUGAACUUAUCCCCGUAUCAAUGAUAACUCUGUUGUUUAUCUGAGUUUAUCUUCCUUUGGAUUUGGAUGAAGAAGGUUGGUUAUUACCGCAGCUUGUAGAAAAGCUGAACUAUGUUUCUAACUUUUGACCUUAUUAAUCACUCCAAACAUGAGAAGCUGCUGGUUCAUCUUUACCACCUGCUACAGUCAACAAGAAUCAACCCGUUUAUGCAAACAUUAGACACAUCAACACACCUAUCCAAGGUGGAGUUUAUCAUCAGAGAUCUGUUGACCAUUCUUUUAUAAUAAUGGAAAGAUAUAAGUUUCUGGAAGAGCUCGGUGAUGGUACAUGUGGCAGUGUAUAUAAGGCUGUCAAUCUUGAAACAUAUGAAGUUGUUGCUGUUAAGAAGAUGAAGAGAAAGUUUUAUUAUUGGGAAGAGUGCAUGAAUCUGCGAGAAGUAAAGGCUCUUCGUAAGCUAAACCAUCCUCACAUCAUAAAGUUGAAGGAGAUUGCUAGGGAACAUAACGAGCUUUUCUUCAUCUUUGAGUGCAUGGAUCACAAUCUGUACCAGAUAAUGAAAGAAAGGGAACAACGACCUUUCUCUGAGGCAGAGAUAAGAAGUUUUAUGUCUCAGAUGCUUCAAGGCCUCGCACACAUGCAUAAAAAUGGUUACUUCCAUCGGGACCUGAAACCAGAGAAUUUGCUGGUGACCAACAACAUCCUGAAAAUUGCUGACUUUGGACUGGCUAGAGAAGUUGCAUCUAUGCCUCCUUACACUGAAUAUGUGUCUACGCGUUGGUAUCGAGCUCCGGAAGUUCUGCUACAGUCUUCAUUAUACACUCCUGCAGUUGACAUGUGGGCAGUGGGGGCAAUAUUAGCUGAGCUUUUCGCUUUUUCUCCCCUAUUUCCUGGUGAAAGUGAGAUAGAUCAACUAUACAAGAUUUGCUGUGUUCUUGGCAAGCCUGACUGGACCACGUUUCCUGAAGCAAAAAGCAUUUCUCGGAUCAUGAGUAUUAGUCACACAGAGUUUCCACAGACAAGGAUUGCUGAUCUACUCCCCAAUGCUUCUCCUGAAGCUAUUGAUUUGAUCACUAGACUUUGCUCAUGGGAUCCACUGAAACGACCAACUGCUGACCAGGCGCUUAACCAUCCCUUCUUCAAUAUGGCUACGCAGGCUUCUUAUCCUCUACAUGACCUUGAGCUGAGGCUUAACACCAUUGCAGCGGAGAUGCCUAAUCUUGAGCUAAACCUCUGGGACUUCAACACAAAACAAGAUGAAUGUUUUCUUGGCUUGACGUUGGCUGUAAAACCAAGCGCUCCUAAACUAGAAAUGGUCUGCAAUGCAUCUCAGGAUAUGAGUGAGAACUUUCUCUUUUGCCCUAUGGUUAACAAUGAUCGUGAACCAUCAGUUUUCUGGUCUCUGCUCUCUCCUGAUGAAAACCGUGUCCAUGCACCUGUUGAAUCAUGUCCUCUAUCUCUGUCCUUCAGUCCGAUGCAGCAACACACAAGCGUGGGACCUCCACCACAGUCAACAACAGGGUUCACAGUGGGAUCAUCAAUGCAACCGAACAUGUUGGACCGCCCAUGGAUGGCUGUGUCUGCGCCGUUUCAACAGACUCAUUACCUCUGAUCUUCUUACUUAAUCCAUUAAAUACCUACUAAAAAAAGUAAAUAACACAGAGGUUUGUCAGAUUUGAAUUAAAAGAAGAUAGAGAAGAAGAAAAAAAAAACAGAGGAGGUUGUAGAUUUUGCAUGUCACCUUAUUGUUCUCUAAUUUGUAAAGAUUGGGGGAGGGUUUAGGUGACGUUAAUUUUCUCAGAGCUUGAACUUAAACCAUUAACUAUUAUCCAUUCUUGAGAACAGAACAAGUCUCCCUUUUGUGUAAUAUAUAUAUAAAUGAGAUAAUUGCUUCUUUUUUU